AUGUCUUCUGUUAAUAAGGAAUCAGAAGCUGUUACAGUGCUCAAUGACUCUUUGCCCUUAGAUGCGGCUCAAACAAGUUUGGAGUCAAAUCUGAAUCAGCUAUCUUUGGAAACAUUAAGAUUCGUCUGUCAAGAAUCUUUAGAGAAAGGAAGUGUAACCGGAAAAGGAAAAGAAGGGCGGCCGCAGUUUAUGGAAAAUUACGAUGAUACCUUGUCGGAGGAUCUAGAAGGUACGGUUGGUCAAAACUUUCAAUCAAGUUGUGCAUGGGACAGAAAGGCUUUUGGCUAUGGAGCAGAAUUGGGACCCCUGUUUUUAGAGGACGCCUUAGCCUCUGGUGAUAUGAACUAUGUGUGUUUAGCAAGGCAGGUCACUUUGGAAAGAGCCUGGGUUGCUGAUGAAGACAGUUGA